AUGUCAAAUGUUAUCAGAUACUGGGAACGAUUUGUCGCGGCGAGCCUCAAUAUCCCCCGCGACAACAUGGGCCAUUUACCCAAGGUAGUUCGAAAUCAGUUCAUGGAGGUACUUUUUAGGGGUUUCAAAAUGAAUUCGGGCAAUGGAGGAGGAUUUUAUGGCUGGUACAAUGCGGAGUUCAAGUCUAUACUUGGGGGGGAUGACAAUGCAGGAUCACAAGAGGGAGAUGAUAAUUUCUCAAUGGGGCCGCAGAUUACCUAUGAAGCGCUCAGCACCGCCAUGAACAGCGUGAUGUUUGUCACAAAUAUUGGGUCCAUUGGUAUAGUGUCAAAUAACUGCAAUAUCGAUGUUGGUGACACCGUCCACUUACUUCUUGGUGGGAAUACACCAUAUGUGCUACGUCAGGACGUCGGGGUUGAGCCAUGCGAUGGGAAAAGCGUCGAGACUCCACCAAAUAGUGCGAUGUCAACCAACCUCGACCUACCAUACAUCCUCAAGGGGCCAUGUUAUGUUCAAGGAUAUAUGGACGGGGAGGCUAUGCCGGCAUUUCGCAGGGGUGAGAUCGAAUUCUCACGAAUUACGCUUCGCUGA